AUGGUGGGCAAAAACAAAAGGCGCUGCAGUAGCUGCACCACAUCACCUCUUCGCUCGUCUAAUGGCGUGGAAGCAGGUCGGAUAGGGGAUAAAAAAAGUCUGAUAGGAGGCUGGCUUACUAUUAGGGUUCCGAUAAGCUACAUAAAUACUGUCCACGAUACUGAACUCAGUUACACCCAGCCCAUUAACGCACAUGCCGCGGCAGAGUUCCUACACACAGAAGUUCGUAUCCACCACACGGACCACUACGACUGUUACCACGACUCCGACCUCGACUUCGACCUCGACCACGACCAAGACUACACACGUUCGAUCUGCGAAUUGGGGGGGAAAUGGGUGGCAGAAACUGAUUGGUGGAAGCACUACCAUUCCGUUUUGCUGGACACAACACGCAAGUCUGGGUACUGUCAUGAGGGCGCAAUACCGUCUGGAGCCCUUAUAGGUGGCCGUAGAGAUGGCAUGGACCUUUAUAUUAUACGUGCUUCGUAUGCGGGUGGUGUUUCAUUCACCCUGUUGUCAAACAAGAUCCCAGCGGGGCAUUUUCACAGAAUGGGGGAUCAAAUGGGAAUUCUUUUCACUGGGUUGCUGUCAGCGGCCCAUGCACCGUCGAAAAGGUGGGACAACUUCGUGGAGGGAGGAUGGGAAGCGGAUGGAACAAGAUUCUUAAUCGCUCAAGUGUCUAUGGACAGUGGCCUUAAUUGUGGUAAAGUCAAGUGGAAUGACUAUGCUUAUAUCGCAACUAACAGUGGUGAACAGAAAUUCGAGAACUAUGCAGUUCUUGUAUUCGCUUGA